UUGGCUCCUCCCCCCCUCUUUUAUCUUCUUAUAACAGGAUAUCAGACUGGCGCGAAAAGCGCAGAACGUGGCUGUUCAUUGUGGGGCGGCUUCGGCGCUUGUAGUCUGCUUUCGCCGGGCUUUUGUCGCUUUUAUUCACCGCCUGCAACCAAAAUAAGUUUCGAAGUCAUUUUGCUGUCAAAGCGGCCGGUUUGGAACGUUUACCCCCAGUUUGGAGGGCGUUUUUUUUGUUUUUUUAAAUCUCUUUUUGGAGGCAGCGGAGUGACUCUUUAAUGUCCUGAAAAUUUCGGAUCAUAAAAUUGAGCGGACCGUCGUCUGAGUGGAUUUAACAACAAUGGAGUUUGAUUGCUAUCAGCCAUAUUUUUUCGACGAUUUUGACACAGAGGAGGACUUUUACAAGUCGACUGCUCCGAGUGAGGACAUAUGGAAAAAGUUCGAGCUGCUUCCCACGCCUCCCAUGUCUCCCACUAGGACUCUGCAUCUCUCCCCCGGAGACAAACUGAACUGGCUGUCCAAAGUUCUGGGUCAGGACGAGGACUGCGAGGGUCACUGCCUUCCCGAGACCGGAGAGCUGUUCGGGAACCUGGACGCGCACAUCAUCCGAGACUGCAUGUGGAGUAGUUUCUCCGCAAGCAAGCAGCUUGAGAAGGCGGCGGUGGUGGCCGUGCGCCCCGCCAAGGCGCAGUGCGCAUCAUCCCCAGCAGCCGCACAGGUCUCCGUCAUCACCGAGUGCGUGGACCCCGCCUCGGUGCUCACCUUCCCCGCCAGCAGCUGCAGGAAGCCGGCGUCGUCUGGGUCCGAGUCGCGCUCCGACUCCUCUGAUGACGAAGAGGAAAUUGAUGUCGUCACUGUGGAGAGCAAGCAGAGCCGGGUCCGCCUGGUCAGGAAGCCGGUCACCAUCCGGGUCCGGGCAGACCCCUGCCCCAAGCGCUUUCACAUGUCGGUCCAUCGGCAGCAGCACAACUACGCCGCCCCAUCCCCGGACAGCGACCCUGAAGAGGGGGAGGAGGAGGAGGAAGAAGAAGAAGAAGAGGAGGAGGAGGAGGAUUCUGAAGACGAGCCUCAAAGCAAACGUCAAAGGGACUCCCACCAGCAGCCGGAGCUGCAGUCCGACUCCCCCCAAAACUCUGACGUGGAGGACACAGACCGCAGGCGGAACCACAACUUCCUGGAGAGGAAGAGGAGGAAUGACCUCCGAUCUCGCUUCCUGGCCCUGCGGGAUCAGAUUCCUGGCCUGGAGCAAGCCAAGAGUCCGAAGGUGGUCAUCCUGACCCAGGCGGCGGAAUACCUCAUGAAGCUGCACACCAGGGAGAAGCAGAAACUCCAAGAGAAGAAGCGCCUCAGAUCCAGGCAGCAACAGCUUCUGCGCAGAUUAUCUGAACUCAAGCGCUCUUAGGGCUGCUGCCCUCCUCAAAAACUCCAUAUACUCAGCAUACUCGACACUUUGGACACUCUGAUCCUUUCAUGGCGAACACGCCUGCUGUGUUUUGCUGUUGUGGUGGCAGCGGUGCCUGUGAAUCUGCUGUGCAGCCCUGUGAACCUCAACGGGGAGGGGCAGGUCAUCCUUUCAGCUUCUUCUUGCACAUUUUUUAAGUUCUGAAAAGAUGGGAGUUUAGACUGAUAUUUUAGAGCUAAGAGAAUUAUUUUGUUUACCUGUGUGAUCGUGUGCGUUUGCAGCUUUCAGGGACAUUAGGUUAUCAUUAUACAUCAGGUUUGCUUUGAUGACUUUAUGUACAAAAAUGUAAAUAAUAGCCUAUUCCUCCUGGUUAAAGGAGACGGCCAUGAAUUUAAUGAGCCUUUGACCCGGGCCACUUCGCAUCUAUUUUGUUAAGAAAUUAUUUUUGAAAAAUGACCAAAAACAUGGAAAAGAAUCACUGUUGUUUCUAAAAUUCACAAGUCACUUUGUCUUUUGUUUGCUACCAUCAUUAAAUUUUUAUACCAGAUUUGAACAUAAA